AUGGCGCCGUCGCACAGGCAGGGAGGAGACCGGCUUAGCGCUCUCCCCGACAACGCGCUACAGCACGUCCUCUCCCACCUCAUGUCCGACGAGGCCGUGCGCACCAGCGCGCUCUCCCGCCGGUGGCACCGCGUCCACGAGGCCGUCCCCGUCGUCAACCUAGUGGACACCAAGUCGGGCGAUCGGUACGGCCCCAGCUUGAGCGACCUCAAGGUCUGCUUCGACCACCAGGUCACCAGCGCGAUCAUGGGCAAGAGCGCCGCUACCCCGAUCCGUACCUUCCAUGUCACCGCCCGCCACCCACCAUACGAGCUGCUCGACCAGUGGAUCGUCACCGCUGUCAACUCCGGGGUCGAGGACCUCGACGUCAAUCUGAGUUACUAUGACGACUCAAUGAACACACUCUGCCCCUCCAUCCGCUGCCCUUACACCGGACAGAGGAACUCGGCGGACUUCAACAAAGAUGAGAGGAACAGGUACACCAAGACGCAUCCCCAUAUCUUCGGCUGCCGCACGCUCCGCCGCCUGAGCCUGACAAACUGGACCCUCGAUCUGCCGGGAACCGUUGUCAUGGCGUCGCUGGAGACGCUCUGCCUGGGCAGGAUCAUGGACCCACGUGGUGAGCUGCAUCGGCUGAUCUCGAGCUGCCCGUGCCUCGUCAACCUCACGCUGGAGGAGUGCCCGACCAUCACAGAGAUAGCCGUGACCAGCACCCGCUUGCGGACCUUCACCAUGAUCUGCUGCCACAACGCCACAAGCGUCAAGCUGCACUCCGCUUGCGUGCAGUUGCUGCGCUACAAAGGUGACCUCCCUCCCCGAGGGUCUUCAUUCAUCACGGUCGCAAACCCCGCGACAGUCAAGGCGGUGGGCAUUGAAAUCUGCGAAAACCUCUCCAGCAAAGGACCAAGGGACUUCGAUGCAGUCACAAGGCUCAUCAGCCAGUGCGCCAAACUGGCGUACCUUCACCUUUCCUUGCGCCCAUCAAUGGCCUACUACAGCAGCAUGUUCACAAGCGUCCUGCGCGACCUCGGCAGCCUCACUCACCUGAGCCUCCGGGGCUGCUUGCCCACGGACCACGCCGUUCGGUCCGUGUCAGCCUUGCUUGUCAACGCCAAGAACCUCCAAGUACUGUCGCUGUUUCCUCUGGAUCCAGAGCCUCCAAAGAAGAAGAUGACGAGAGGGUUCUAUGGCCAUGACAAUUCUGAAUCAGAUUCAGAUACAGAACCCGAAGCUGUCACGGUGGACGAGGCCGUCAAAUAUAGCAACCGGAUGCCCCAGAGUCUUUGGCGCGCAUAUGCCAGAUGCUUGGAGUAUAAUCUGACAAGAAUCAACAUUGACAACUACCAAGGACGGCCUCUCGAAAAGAUGCUUGCAAGGUUUCUUCUCUCCAGGGCUGCAGCUUUGGAGGAAUUCUCAGCUACACUAGCAGCUAGACUACAGAAGGAUGAGACUGCAAAGGAGCUAAUAUCCUGGCGAUGGAAUCGCCAUACCAGAGUAACUUGUAACUAG